CAGGUGGCCGCAAGGAAGGGCACGCACGAGAUGAAGGCGUUUAUGUAUCUCCUAGAUCUCAUCUUGACGCGCUACGUCCGCAAGCUGAAGAGCGGGAAGGAUGAUGCUGCGCUGGAAAAGGUGGCAAAGGGCUGCAUUGGUGAAAAUGGCAGAUCUCUGGCAUUGAUUCUCCUUGCGUACGUGGACUACAAAAUGACUUUCACAAAAAACUGGAUGGAAUGCAAAGACUACAUAAAAGAACUGGCCUACAAGUGGGAAAGUUGUGGCUUCUUCAGAUCUCCUGUGAUCAAGAAAGUUGUCUGUGAGAUCUUACGGGAUGUGGGUGCCGAUGACCAUAUGAGGCCUGAGACCGAGCUGCCCAAGCAGAAAACGCGUCCGCUCGGUGAAAUCAUGGUGCCCAAGCUGCCUCAUAUCGAGCGCGAUCAGAGGCACUUCUACGAGCACUUGCUCUGGGAUAAAGAAGACCGCCAAGGGCGCUAUGACGCGUUUUUGCGGGGGAUGCAUGCGGAUACCGAGAAGGAGAGGGAACGAGCCAAAGCGAUGGAAAAAAGGAGGUGUGAUCGGCUUGGAAGGAAACCACGACCGCCAGAUGAGAUCGAAGAAUUAAAGGAAGAGCUACGGCAGGAAUUAGAAACAGAGCUGGCCAACUUGCCCAAAUGGCACAAGAUGUCACGUUCAGGUGUGGAAAAGCUGAGGGCCCGGAUGGUUGGAAUUCGGCCUUUAGGCCAAAAGCGAGUGCCAUAUGCUACAGAGUUCUCCCAGCUUGCGCGUUUUUUUCCGGAGCCGGAAGAACGGAUGAGUGGAGGAGUACCUUUUGCAGAUCGGGCCCUUCUGAGGAACAGCUUCAAAGAACCAGCACAGUCACCUGCAGCGCAAGAACCCACAGAAAAGCCAGCAUCUGCCAGAGUUUCAGGGACUAAGAAAGCUGCAGUUGCGGCAGAACCAGCAAAGUCACCUGCAGCGCAAGAACCCACAGAAAAGCCAGCAUCUGCCAGAGUUUCAGGGACUAAGAAAGCUGCAGUUGCGGCAGAACCAGCAAAGUCACCUGCAGCGCAAGAACCCACAGAAAAGCCAGCAUCUGCCAGAGUUUCAGGGACUAAGAAAGCUGCAGUUGCGGCAGAACCAGCAAAGUCACCUGCAGCGCAAGAACCCGCAGAAAAGCCAGCAUCUGCCAGAGUUUCAGGGACUAAGAAAGCUGCAGUUGCGGCAGAACCAGCAAAGUCACCUGCAGCGCAAGAACCCACAGAAAAGCCAGCAUCUGCUAGAGUUUCAGGGACUAAGAAAGCUGCAGUUGCGGCAGAACCAGCAAAGUCACCUGCAGCGCAAGAACCCACAGAAAAGCCAGCAUCUGCCAGAGUUUCAGGGACUAAGAAAGCUGCAGUUGCGGCAGAACUAGCAAAGUCUUCUGCAGCGCAAGAACCCACAGAAAAGCCAGCAUCUGCCAGAGUUUCAGGGACUAAGAAAGCUGCAGUUGCGGCAGAACUAGCAAAGUCACCUGCAGCGCAAGAACCCACAGAAAAGCCAGCAUCUGCCAGAGUUUCAGGGACUAAGAAAGCUGCAGUUGCGGCGGAACCAGCAAAGUCACCUGCAGCGCAAGAACCCACAGAAAAGCCAGCAUCUGGCAGAGUUUCAGGACGCUUGCGUGGCGUGAAGCGUCCCCGUCCAGAGCCCGCGGCGCCUGCGGAGGAGUCGCAAAAGCGGGGCAAAAGCGACGAUGAGAAGUCCGCCAAAGACCCGUCCGCCCCUCCCUCCCCUGCCCCGGAAAAUCAGCCGAGAAAGAUCAAAUGGAAAGGUGGUUCCUUGCACGUUUGGCCCGUACUUGGUGACCAUCGCUGCUUGUUUCGUGCCGUGGUACGUGGGCUUUUUGAUCCCUACAACACAGUGCCACGGGAUAGUCGUGGCGAGCCACUGGCCAAAGUGGCUGCGGCCAUAGAAACCAGACACGCGGAUUUGGUCCGGAAAGCGCUCUGCGAUCACAUGCAGCUCAACAAAGCUCUGGUUGAACCCUCCAUAGAACGGCCCGGCGAUGCCACGAAAUACAUCCAAUCCAUGCGCAGUCCAACGACUUGGGCGGAUCAGAUCUGUACCAAGUUCCUGCCAGAUGUGAUCAAGUGCCCCAUUCAUGUGCAAGCCUGGAACCGAGAAAAGAAACGCCUCUAUGAUGUUGGUUUGCAUCUUCCGAGUCAAGGAACGGAUGAAAAGAGAGGCACCAUUUUUCUCUACUACAACGGCCGGACUCACUACGAGCUGGUUUCUCAACAACAGAUAUUUAAGAGGCGAUCGAUGGAACAUGAAACAGUCUCAUCAGCAUCCUCUGGAUCAUCUUCCAUUGAGAAAACUUCAGACUUAAGAGCGGACAAAAAAGUCUGACCGGCCAAAGUUGCCAUUCUGAUUUCAGAGCCGCAAGGGACCAGAACGGUGGAAAAAAAUGACAAAAUGCAUUGAAGAUCUGCUCAAUGGUUUUCUGCGCUUUUCUUGUGCGUAAAUCCGC